GUGCGAGAAAGAGGCAUCGGCCUGGGUGGAGAAAAGGCGGGAGUUGUGGGAGUAGGACAGGGGGCGGGGUAAGAUGGCGCGGGAACGCGAAAUGCAGGACUUCAUCCGGAGCCUCUUCCGGGGUCGCCCCGACCUAAGCGUGCUGACCCACUCCAUCGUGCGACAGAAGUACCUGGCCCAUGUGGGCCUGGACCACCUGGAACCCGACGACAAGAGGAAGCUGAAGCGGCUGGUGGAGGAGGAGCUGCUGAAGAUGCAGGUGGAGGGGGAUGAGGAGAAAGAGGAGGAGCUGCUGUCUGGGGACCAGGACCGGGUGAAGCGGCCCCUCAGCCCAACCAGCGCCACCAGAACGUCCCAAGUGAAGAAGAGGAGGAAGCCAUGCAUCAACUCGGAGACAGAACACAGCUCAGAUGACUCAGGCCUUGAUCCCCAGCCCAUGAGCCCCCCAAGCUCCCCAAGGUCUCUGGCAGGGAAUGGUAUAACAAGGAAGGAUUGCAGCUCGGCUGAGAAGGGAAUGAAGGAGCCUGAGGAGAUUCUAAAGCCACCCAGGAAGAUGACAACUAAGGAGAAUGAGGACCCUGAGGAAGGAAGAGAAGAGGAAGAGGAGGAGGAGUUAAGGGCCGUUGUAAGAAAGAAGGGAGUAAAGGAAGUGGAGGAGGAGGAGGAGAGUGAAAGCAGAAGUGAGGAGGAAGCCUGUCACAAACAGAAGGGUAGGGUUGGAAGGAAGGAAGCCCCAAAGCCAGGUAAGGAGGAGCGGAAAGUAAAUCCUAGAAUGAAGGGAGGAAGGAAAGUGGUACAAGUUACUGAGAGUGAUCCGACAGAUAGUGAGGAGGGGGACAGAGUCACACCUCAAAAGAAGGGACCAAAAACCCUAGGGGAAAUGAAGGAGUAUUCUGCCAGGAAGAGGGUAGUGGCAAAGUCAGUGGAGGAGAGUAGUGAAGAUGAUGAGAAAAAAGACCUGGCCAGGAAAGGGGCUGAAGAGAACACUAGAUUCAAGGGGACUUCUGGGAAGAAGGGAAUGAAAAAACUGGUGCAGGAUGAUGGUAUGAGUAGUGAUGAGGAAGAGGAAAGCAGGGAUCAGAAAAUAAAGGGAGGGAAGCGGGGAGGGAGGCAAAGAAAGAGCCCAAAGGGAGGUAAGAGGGCAGCAAAACAGAGUGAGAGCAGUGAGGAAGAAGAGAGGGACAAAAAGGGUAAGGGAAAUUCUGGGAAGAAAGGAGAGAAAAAGGCUGAGGAGGAAGACAGCAAGGAUAGCAGUGAAGCAGAGGAUAAAGGAAUGAAAAAAGCUCCCAGUGAGGACAGUGAAGAGGAAAGUAGAACAGAUGACAGUAACAAGAGCUCCAGGACAAAGGAAGCCAAAAACGUUGAGGAUGAGUCUGAAGCAAGCGAAGAUGAGGAAGAAAGGACAGGAAGGACAAAGAAGAAGGAGGCCAAAAAGGGCCCUGUCCAAUCCUCUUCCACCUCCUCACAGGAUAGUAGCCCAGAGACCAAAUCAGGGAAGGGUUCUCGAAGAGGAGAGGACCACCCUGCAGUAGUUCGGCUAAAGCGCUACAUCCGAGCCUGUGGUGCCCAUAGAAAUUACAAGAGGUUGCUGGGUUCCUGCCGCUCUCAUCAGGAACGACUCAGAGUCCUCAAGGCAGAACUGCAAGAUUUAGGCUUAGAGGGUAAUCCUUCCCUGGAGAAGUGCCGAGCAGUGAAGGAGCGAAGGGAGGAGGCAGAAGAGAUGGCCUCUCUGGACGUCAGUAACAUCAUCAGUAGUUCAGGGCGAUCCCGGAGACGCAAUGCCUGGAACCCACGUGGGGAAGUUGGGUUACCCCAGGAGGAGCUGUACCACCGAAGAGCCCUGGACUCAGAUGGGGAUGAGCCAAGGGCCCACCCACCUCCCACUGAUUGGUCAAACCUUCGGGGCAUCAUCAGCAGUGAUGGGGAGAGUGACUAAGCCACCCCACAGCUUCUAGAAGCCACAGUGCCUCUGAGCAGAGGGAGGAAUCUGGUCCUACCCUUGUAUAAAGUGUAUAGAGCACCCCUUACUGGGUCUAAGUAUUUAUAAACGUAUUUCCUUCCCUCUUUCCAAGUUUUGUCUGUCCGUGGUAGGUGAAUCCUUUUCUUACCUGCAAUGGUGAAUGUUACAGCAGUGGCUUACGUACCUGUGAGGAUGAAGCUGCUUGAGUCUGCGCUGUUAGAUUCAUGUUCUCAUGUUUUUGACUGAAAUAGUGGUAUUUGUGUGGGCUUUAAAAGUCUCAAUAAAAGAAUAUUUGUUA